GCAUUUACAAUAAUGAAGAGCCUUCAAAUAUGGAUAAGAUUUUCGGUGAUAUUUCUAAUACAAAUAGAAAUGUUUGUAAUGGAACCGACAUGGCAUGAAUCCAGUGAUGGAAAGAGAUUUCUAAUUGACAUGGAGGAAAAGUACAACUGGUAUCAGGCCUGGAAUGAAUGUGCUCGUUAUGAUGCCCAACUUAUUACUAUUGAGAGUCAGGAGAAGAAUCAGGUUUUAAUGAAAGUGUUAAGGAGUGUUAAUGAAAAAACCAAAAACAUGUGGAUUGGUGGCAAUGUGUUUUACGAUAAAGUUUUCUUUCAUUGGGCUGCUAAUGAGCAAGAAUUCACCUUUACCAAUUGGGUCUCGGACGGAAUAGAUAAAUUUGCUGCCCAAAAACAGUGCGUUUACAUUAUGAAACACAAGAAGAAUUUUCCUUGGAAUAUUGUUAAUUGUGACGCUAAAGAAUUUGGUUUCAUAUGUGAAGAAGUGAUAUCUAGCACAGAGUCUACAAAUACCGAAAGUAUUAAGGAAACUGAGGUUAAUAAAGGAUCUAUGUAUAAUGGCAGUAUUUAUGGUUUAAUUGGUUAAAUGAUAAGUGUCAAAUCUAAAUUCUAACAAAAAAAACUCAUAUCGUAUAAGUAACAACACAAAUGCUCUUAAUCACUCCACUGACCCUGGCCAACCGGAAAAAUCAAAACUACUCCUGCUUUAGUCCUGCUUAAAUUCUAUUAAAUAAAAAAUGUAGCAUACAUUUUGUAUAAAAAAUUUGUUUCUUUUUUAACAACAAACUAUUUUCUGUCCGAAUGAAAUUUAAAAAAAAAAAUGUUUAAAAAUAUGUACCCACAACAACUGCAAUAAAUGACAACAACAAAAAAAGGCUGGAAGCAAAAACAAAUAUAUAAAAUAUCUGUAUGUAUGAA